GACUCUUACAAUCAAGUCAGCUACGUUGAAGCUCAGUAGGUUCGAACACAGUGGUCCACGACUGUUCUUCCUAUACUUUGGUUUAGGUCAACUGAUUACCCGUUAUAUUUGCAAUUUUCCUACCAAUCUUACGCAUUUAAAUAUUAAAUUUUAUUUUGCUUUUACCGAAUUAGUUUGAUCAAAUUUGAAAGAAAAAUAUGAGUGAAUUAACGGAAAUACAAUCUUUUUACAAAGGGAAGAAUAUCUUCGUAACCGGUGGAACCGGUUUGAUGGGAAAAGUUCUUAUUGAGAAAUUACUUUACAGUUGCACCGAUAUAAAUAAAAUUUAUGUUUUGAUACGGCCAAAAAGGGGUCGUACUCCAGAAAUUCGUAUGGAUGAAAUGCUUAAAUUGCCCAUGUUUCAAAGAAUACGAAAACAAAAACCACAAAUGAUGAAGAAAAUAGUAACGUUGAAUGGGGAUGUUAGCGCGGAGAAUUUAGGACUGACUAAAGAACAAUCGAAUAUAUUGAUGAACGAAAUUGAUGUAGUAUUCCAUUUUGCAGCAACUCUUAAAUUAGAAGCUAAAUUAAAGGAUGCUAUAGAAAUGAACACGAUUGGAACGAAAAGGAUAUUAGAAUUGGCUAAAAAAAUGAAAAAGUUGAAAACAUUUGUACAUUUAAGCACGGCUUUCUGUUAUGCCGAUAAAGAGGAACUCGAUGAAAAAGUGUACGACCCACCUACCGACCCUCACGAUGUUAUGAAAAUGGUCGAAUGGCUAGAUGAAAGUGCUAUCGAUCUCAUUACACCCAAGUUAUUGAAUCUUCAUCCAAAUACUUACACGUAUUCAAAGAGAUUGGCCGAGAAAUUGGUAGCAGAUGAAUAUCCGAAUUUACCUUGUAGCAUCGCGAGGCCAUCGAUAGUAACUCCAGCUUUGGCAGAGCCGUUACCUGGUUGGGUGGAUAAUCUGAAUGGACCUGUGGGCAUUAUGGUGGGUGCAGGCAAAGGAGUUAUAAGAUCAAUGCUUUGCAAUGAAAACUAUCACGCCGAAGUGAUACCGGUUGAUUUUGCUAUCAACUCUUUAAUCUCCAUUGCUCAUAAAACUGCUACAAAUGAAAAAAGAACAAGUAUACCAGUUUAUAAUAUUACGCAAAGUGGCGUGUUACCUAUCACCUGGGGAGAGAUACUGGGGAAAGGGAAAAAGAUCGCUUAUCAAUAUCCUUUCGAAGGGCAAAUUUGGUAUCCGGACGGGGAUAUACAUAACAGCAAAUUCGUGCACAAUCUAAUCGUCUUUUUUUUUCACAUUAUACCGGCAUACUUCAUCGAUUUCCUCAUGUUGAUAUUUCGACAAAAAAGAUUCAUGGUUCGUAUACAAAACCGUAUCUCAGUUGGGCUUGAACUUUUACAAUAUUUCACUACGAGGGAAUGGGUUUUCCAUAACACGAACUUGUUGAUAUUGUGGGGUGAAAUGAGCCCCAAGGACAAAGAGAUCUUUCCAAUUGAUUUGUUGUCUAUCGACGACAAUGAGUAUAUAAAAACUUGCGUCUUAGGCGCAAGGCAGUAUUGCAUGAAAGAAAAUUUAUCCACGUUGCCGAAAGCUCGAAGGCACCAAGCGAUAAUGUACGUCAUUCACAUAAUUACCGUCUAUCUGUUCUAUUUUGGGAUAUUGUAUUUUACUUACAAAAAUUUCGAAUUGGUAAGAUUUGGCCUGGAUAGUGUGACGGAUCACAUGAAAUCUUUACCAAUUUUGGACAAAGUUAUGCAAAAAAUUGAUCAUUAAUAGUACAAUAUGUAAUAAUAUAAAUUUUUAUUUUUUUUUUUAUAUUUCAAAAUCAUAUCUUGCAUAUUGUAAAUAGAUUAAUAAUAAAAAAUGAACGGGCUU